GAUGCAAGGAGCAGCAUCCAGUCUCAGCAGCGCGGGCAUUAACAUGCCUCUUCCGCAGAUGCCAGCACCCUUCCUUCGGGGAGGGUGAAGGAGGAGAGAGGGAGGGAGGGAGGGAGGGAGAGUGCGGGGAGAGAGAGAGAGAGAGAGAGAGAGGAGGCUGUCCUGUAUCUUGGAGAGGAGGAGGUCCUGAAUGAGAUGACAAUGGAAGGAUGCCAGUGCUGAGCAGAAUCUGGUAGCGGUGUGACUGAGAAGGAAGAGAGACCGUGGCAGAAUCCAGUCCUCUCUCUCUCUCUCUCUCUCUCUCUCUCUGCCUGUGUGUGUGUGUGUGUGAUUAGAAAGGAAAGCGCCUGAGAGAAGCAUAAGAGAAUGCAGAGUGGCCAACUGAGGAGUAGCGGCGCCAAAAAUGUCAAAAAAGACGAGAAGAAAUCUUGUUUCUCCAACAUCAAAAUCUUCCUCAUCUCGGAGUGCGCGUUGAUGUUGGCUCAGGGGACGGUCGGGGCUUAUCUGGUGAGCGUGCUGACGACCCUGGAGCGGAGGUUUAACCUGCAGAGCGCUGACGUCGGAGUCAUAGCCAGCAGCUUUGAGAUUGGGAACCUGGCCCUGAUUUUGUUUGUGAGCUACUUUGGGGCGAAAGGACACCGGCCACGUCUGAUAGGAUGCGGAGGCAUCGUGAUGGCCCUGGGAGCGUUGCUGUCAGCCCUGCCGGAGUUCCUCACCCACCAGUAUGAGUAUGAGUCUGGCGAGAUCCUGUGGGGUGUGGAAGGAAGGGACUUGUGUAUUGGGAACAUGUCAACCAACAAUCUAGGACCAGAGGCAACAAUCAUCUGCAGGAACAGGACUUCUACCAACCUGAUGUACCUCCUGUUAAUUGGAGCCCAAGUGUUACUGGGUAUUGGUGCUACUCCUGUCCAACCCCUUGGUGUCUCCUACAUAGAUGACCACGUCCAAAGGAAGGAUUCCUCCCUGUACAUAGGAAUUGUCUUCACCACGCUGGUCUUUGGUCCUGCCUGCGGCUUCAUCCUGGGAUCGCUCUGCACCAAAGUCUACGUGGACGCAGUCUUCAUCGACACCAGUAAACUGGACAUCUCGCCGGAUGACCCUCGCUGGAUUGGGGCUUGGUGGGGGGGCUUCCUGCUCUCCGGCGCUCUGCUCUUCUUCUCUGCCCUCUUCAUGUUCGGCUUCCCGCAGUCGCUGGCGGUGAAGAGCGACAAGAUGCCCGACACCGAGACGGCCACCCUCUCGCAGAACGUCCCCGAGUCCUUCGAGCGGCCCAUGCCCGGCAACGGCGUGAUGGAGCCACAGCAGCCCGAGCACCCCAUGUCCUGCUUCCAGCAGAUGCGAGUGAUUCCCAAGGUGACCAAGCAUUUGCUGUCCAACCCGGUCUUCACCUGCAUUGUUCUUGCCGCCUGUAUGGAGAUCGCGGUGGUCGCUGGAUUUGCAGCCUUCCUGGGCAAAUACCUUGAGCAGCAGUUCAACCUCUCUUCUUCCUCCGCCAACCAGCUACUGGGAAUGACGGCCAUACCCUGUGCCUGUCUGGGAAUCUUCCUGGGAGGGUUGCUGGUGAAGAAGCUAAGCCUGACGGCCCUGGGAGCUAUCCGAUUGGCCAUGCUAGUCAACAUGAUAUCCACCGGAUGCUACAUAUCCUUCCUCUUCCUUGGAUGUGACACGGGACCCAUAGCAGGAGUCACCGUACCUUAUGGAAACACCUCCAUGUCAGAUGCAGAUUUGGACCCUUACGCUCCUUGCAACAGUGACUGCAAUUGCAAGACAACAGCUUACAACCCAGUUUGUGGAUCGGACGGAAUCACCUACUUGUCCUCGUGUUUUGCCGGCUGCUCCAACUUGAAUCUCACGGCCUGUGCUUGUUUGAACUUCGGCUCCAUUAAGAACGCCACCGUGAGCCCCGGCAAGUGUCCGAGUCCUGGAUGUCAAGAGGCCUUCCUGACCUUCAUAUGUGUGAUGUGUGUUUGCAGUCUCAUUGGAGCCAUGGCCCAGACCCCCGCCAUCAUUAUACUCAUCAGGGCAGUUAAUCCAGAACUCAAGUCGUAUGCGUUGGGAGUCCUGUUCCUGCUCUUACGAUUACUCGGCUUCAUUCCUCCUCCUCUCAUCUUUGGUGCUGGGAUCGACUCGACCUGUUUGUUCUGGACCACCAUCUGCGGGGAGCUGGGGGCAUGUAUGUUAUACGAUAACGUGGUGUAUCGCUACCUGUACAUCAGCAUCGCCAUCAUGCUGAAGACUCUCGCCUUCAUUCUCUACACCACCACCUGGCACUGUUUGAGGAGGAACGCCAAGUACAUGCGGGACGAUGAGGGGAACCUACAGCCAUUGACAGCCAGUGAAAUCUUUGUAUCCACCCUAACGCUGGACACAGUGCGGAGGGACUCCACUCAUCAUCAGUCACAAAAGACCAAAUUCAUCUACAACCUUGAGGAUCAUGAGUGGUGUGAGAAUAUGGAGUCCGUGCUAUAAAAAAGCGAGAUUUCAUUUUGUACAUUUUGAUUUUGGAUGGAAGAAACAAUAUGCGAUGGUGCCCAAACUUUAAAACAAAGACUCGUUUUUGUUUGCAAGCCAAGAGCAGGGCCUAAAAAGGAUUGGGAAUUAACUAUUGAGGACUUGGCUGUAUAUUUGUGAGUGAGAGGGUUGGCCAGUGUAGCACACUGAUGUUUUGUCCAGGUGCAUAGUUUCAAUUAAUGUCUUGUUCGAAUGCCUUGGCCAGUAGUGCUGGGAUACUCCACAUCCGAGAGUGAUCUGGUGAGGGACCUCACCACUUGAAUCGUGCUUCGGUGGGGUCUUUGCCUGGCGGAGGUUAGGCACUUGCCCUUCACUCGGUCCUUUGAGCCAGAGGUUCAACCUGCAAGGAGGUCCUCACGAUUGUCGAACGGGACAAACCGGGCUUCCCUCGAGUCUUCUUUCCAGGAGAAGGAUUGGGAAGAGCCACCCACUCCCAACUCAAUUGGGCCAGGAUGCGAAGCCCUUUGGAGCUGUGGCCAAUGACCAGAUCUGCUGUAGUCUCGAGUGAGGGAGAAUGCCAGGACUUGUGUCUGAUCAACACUAAUGUUACGCACCAGAGAUGUGAAUGGAUUGACCUCUCCACAAUAAAGACCACAGGGCUCAAGAGCAAUAAGACGCUAA